AUGGCCGCGCCGGGAGUUACACUGCGGCCGCUCUCGCGGACUGUCUUGACUGCGUCGCCUGCCCUUAGCACGACCACUCUUCGCAUUGUGCCUCGCCGAUUUCCUCAAUCCCUCCUCAACCGUCAAUCUCCCUCCCUUCAUUCCGCUUCGCGCUCGCCGCUCGUCCCCCACACACAGAUCCGACACAGCUCCUAUCACUCGCCCGAACCCUCACCCAAUACACCCAAUGCCCGGAAGAAGGUCACCAUGACCACGCUGCGCAAUCUGUACAAGAAGGGAGAGCCCAUCGCCAUGAUCACUGCUCACGAUUUUCCAAGUGCCCGUGCCGCGGACGAGUCGGGCAUGGACAUGGUUUUGGUCGGCGAUAGCUUGGGGAUGGUGGCAAUGGGUCUGGAGAAUACCACGGAGAUUGUCAUGGAAGAGAUGCUGCUUCAUUGUCGGAGUGUGGCCCGAGGCGCGAAGCAUGCCUUUCUCGUGGGAGAUCUUCCCAUGGGGUCAUAUGAAAUUUCUCCUGAACAAGCAGUCGGGUCUGCUCUCCGUUUCAUUAAAGAGGGCCGCGUGCAUGGAGUGAAGAUUGAAGGAGGCGAGGAAUUGGCUCCAACAAUCAAGCGUAUCACUCAGGCUGGUAUUCCUGUCGUGGGUCACAUCGGUCUCACACCUCAAAGACAAAAUGCUCUCGGUGGGUUCCGAGUCCAAGGUAAGACUUGCGUCGGCGCGAUGAAGAUCCUGCAAGACGCGCUGGCCCUGCAAGAGGCCGGUGUGUUCAUGUUUGUCUUCGAGGCGAUGCCGCCAGAAGUCGCCGCGCUCAUCACGUCGAAGCUGAAAGUUCCCACCAUUGGGAUUGGCGCUGGAAACGGUUGCUCGGGACAGGUGCUGGUGCAAGUUGACAUGACCGGAAAUUUCCAGCCUGGCCGAUUUAUCCCCAAGUUCGUCAAGAAGUAUGCCGACGUUUGGGGCGAAGCAACCCGUGGCAUGAUUCAGUACCGCGAGGAAGUCAAAAGUCGAGAAUUCCCUUCCCCGGAAUACACCUAUCCCAUCUCGAAGGAGGAGCUUGCCAAGUUCGAGAAGACGGUCGACGAGAUGAUCCAAAAAUAA